GCCAGCUGCCAUGGGUGCCGGGGUGGCGGGGCUGACCGCGGCACCCGCGUCCGCGGCGCCGCUCGCCGCCGCCGCCGCAGCGCGCGCCGCGCGCCCCGCGCGCGCCCAGGCGGCGCUGGCGGGCGGCGCCCGGCUGCGCCGCCGCGGCGGCCCGAGGCCGCCUGGCCGCCUGGCAGCCGCGGCCUCUGGCGCGGCGGCUGCGCUCGGGGCUGCCGCGGGCCGCCGAGGAGGCGCCUCGGCGCGACGGGCGUUAGCGCGGGCUGCCCGGCGCGCCUCUGGCGUGGCCGCGGCGCCGCCGUCGGCGGCCGCAGAGGCGAAGUUCUUGCAGGAGGUUUUGCGAGAUAACAGGGAGCUCGUUGUGCUUCAGAAGACGAGCGUGGAGACGCUCCUGAAGCUCGCUGAGGGCAUGGUGGCCGUGUCGGUCCCAGCUGGCGACGUUGUCGUGGUGCAGAACUCCGAGACGGACAGCAUGUUCGUGGUGCGAGAUGGGCAGGUCAGCCUCGAGCGCACGGUCGCUGGCAGCACGGUGCCCCUGGUGCGGGCCGGGAAGAGGGGCGACAGCUUUGGGGCCGCGACGCUGCUCGGGAAUACCCCGCACAAGUUCACUGUCGUGGCGAAGACGGACUGCACUCUCUUUCGGCUUGACCGGGCUGUGUUCGACUCCAUCGUUCUCGCCGAGGAGCAGGAGGAGUUCAGCGACGACGACGACGACAGCGACAGCGGCGACGAGGAAGACGAGGGCACUGAUGAGGACCAGGUGUGCACCACCAAGGACUUGCGCGAGAUCUACGUCGUGUCAGACAGCACUGGGGAGUCGGCCAGCGCGUCUGUCCGCACGGCUAUGCGGCAGUUCGACUACUGCUACGGGGGCACCUGCGGCACCAGCCGCACCACCGUCUACCGCUUUGUGCAGUCCGCCUCCGAGGCCCAGGAGAUCGCACGCCUGGCGGCCGAAAGAGACGCGCUGCUCGUCUAUACCGUGAUGAACCAAGGGGUGCGGGAGGCGCUGGAGGGCGCCUGCCACGAGCACUCGGUGGAAUCGGUAGACCUCUGGGGACAGCUGCUGAAGGCGUUGGAAGCUAAGUUCGGGGCGAAACGCAGUGGUGUCUUUGGCCGGCGCCAGAGUGUGACGGAUGAGUACAUGCGGAUCGUCAAGGCGAUCGAGUACACGCGCAAGGUGGACGACGGCGUGCUGCCGCACCUGUGGGACGAGUGCGAGAUCAUGCUGAUCGGCCCCUCCCGUGCAGGCAAGACGCCGCUGGCGUUCUAUCUGGCCCAGCGUGGCUUCAAGGUGGCGAAUUACCCGCUGGUGAUGGGCGAGGAACCGCCGAAAGAGCUCUUCACCAUCGACCAGAGCAAGUGCUUUGCGCUGAGCAUCAAGCCAGAGAAGCUCCAGGCCAUCCGCGUCGAGCGGAUGAAACAGUUCAAGAGUCGCAGGUCGCAGGCUUACGACAGUAUCUCCGAGAUCAAGAAGGAGAUCAACUGGAUGAAGACGUUCUACCUCCAGAAGGGUAGUGGCUGGCCGAUCAUUGACACCACGGAGAGCGGUAUCGAGGAGACGGCCUCGCGCAUCAUGCAGAUCCUCGACCGGCGAAAAGGGAACAGCGUAGACGCCUCCUACGUCUCGGCGCUGAAUUCCUGA